AUGAUUUCGCCUCCACAGCGAUACAACCUAUUAAUACAACGGCGGCAAUUGGCGACACGCCUGGAAUUGUGGAGAGGAUGUUUCAUGAGGGCGGCGUUGUCCGUGUUCUAUCGCGUAGCUGCGUUGAAGGUUACUGAACGAACUGUUUGUGAUUUGAGUGUGUCGGAAAAUACAAGAACGACAAAAAAAAGAAAUCUCCGAGUGGACAUCUUGGCAGUUCUUGAACGAAUUCGGAAAACUGCAGUACUAGACGCUGUUGGUAAGGAAAAUUACAGAUGA